UCGGCCCAAAAGGUGCGUCGGCCCACCGGGAAAAUGCCCGGUAUGCCAUAUGGCCAGUCCGCCCAUGCUAAGCAUAACCCUCUUUAAGAAAUGCAUGUGAAAACUUUUGGCAAAACUGUUAGCUGCAUGAAUAUCUCAGUGGUCUUGUAAAGGCUCAUGGGAACACAAUGAAAUGGUGACACCACGGCCUCCCAUGUGUUAAUUUGCCUUAGGCUAAUGGUUCACUACUUGUCAGUUCAGUUCAACGUUAACAAACACAUUUGAGAAAAAAACAUGAGUAAGAAAAAAACAUGAGUAUACACCUAGGCCUACCUUACUUGAUUCAAUUAGAAAAACGGAAUGACUUUUUGAACACAAUAAGGAUGCUUCAUUGAACUAUUUCAUGUAAUUGUAAUGUAACAUGGUUUGAUGAAUUGGACAGUCCUAACUUUUCAUUUUUUACAGUGUACACGAGCUUCGACGAAACAAAAAUAAACUAAAAAGUCUCAGUCUAUUUCAAAACAUACUGGAAAACCAGAAAUCCAAACCUGUUACAAUGAAUCUGUCUUUCAUCCAUGUUCUACUGGUGGGGUGCAUGUCAUCUUUUGCCCCCUGUCUUGGCCUUGUACCUAAAAGGACGACCUGCUUGGUGCAAAAUGGCACAGCAGACUGCAGCCAUCUGGGAUUGAGGGAAAUCCCAUCCGAUCUCCCGAGAAACAUUACCAGCCUGGAUGUGUCUCACAACCAGCUGAGGACACUAAACCCGGCAACUCUGCUGCUCUUCCCUGCUCUUCGACACCUAGACAUGAGCUACAACAGUAUUGCUAAAAUGGAUGCAAGCUGGUGCACGAGCCUCCCCUCUCUCAAGAACCUCAGCAUCCAACACAACGUUGUUCACAUACUGCAGAAUAAAGACUUGCACUCAUGCUCAAAUUUGACUCAGCUUAACCUCGCUGACAACAGGUUGAAACUUAAAGACGAACCUUUCGCUGCCCUCCAGAGUUUGACAUGGUUGGAUGUGUCUAAUAAUGGCUUGGCAUCAGUGAAGUUGGGAAAUCAACCCCAAAUGGUGAAUCUAGUGACCCUUGCACUUUCGGGGAACAAAAUUGCGACAUUGGGGAAGGACGACUUUUAUUUUCUCAAAAACUCUUCCCUUCAAGUCCUCAAGCUUAUGAAAAUGGCAGAUCUACAAACGAUUGAACCGGGUUGCUUCAAACCUCUCUCCAGCCUGAGAGCCCUUUUGCUGGACAACAGUAAACUCACUCCCUUGGUCAUCUCCAAGCUGUGUGUAGAGCUCUCUGUGACAGCACUGAGGGACCUCUCCCUCAGGAGCACUCAGCAAGCCUCGCUCAGUAACACCACUCUCACCGGGCUCAGCGCUACGAACCUCACCAGGUUGGACCUGGGCAUGAACAGCAUAGCUCAUAUUGAGAAUGGGUCAUUUCUAGGCCUCAGCAAUCUGGGCUCUCUUUCAUUGGAGCAGAACAACCUGAACAAUUUGAACAAUGGGACGUUUCAAGGGUUGGAGAACCUGCGCUGGUUGAAUUUAUGGUAUGCAGUGAAGGGAAAUGUGGGAAAUGGUUCGUUUGAGCCAUUGAGAAAGCUGGAGUUCCUGUACAUGGGGAAAAACUCCAUGAAAGACGUUAAGGAAUUACCUUUUUCUGGUCUGCACAGUUUAACAUUUUUGGAUCUGAGCCAGAGCACAUCACUGAUGAAAACUGUCACUAACAGGACAUUUGCCGCUCUUGCAGGUUCACCUCUGAAGACCUUAAACCUAUCCUAUAUGGCAAUCCAAAAUCUGAACCCAGGUGCCUUCUCUUGCUUAGGAAAUCUUACCACUCUCUUGCUUGCAAAGAACUUCAUUAGUCAGAGACUGUCAGGAUUGGAAUUUCAAGGUCUUCAACAGGUGGAGAAAAUAGAUCUUUCUAUCAACAGGCAACAGAUUAGCCUGACCCCUGAAUCUUUUAUAAAUGUGCCCACACUGAAAGUUCUUUAUUUGGGCCAAGCUAUCAGUGGAACAUUGGACCUGAAACCAUCACCUUUCCAGCCCCUGGUCAACCUUACAUCGCUCGACCUCAGCAACAACAAUAUUGCCAACAUCAAUGAAGGAUUACUGGAGGGACUAAUCCAUCUGAAGAUCCUGAAACUACAGCAUAACAACCUGGCUCGGCUUUGGAAGAACGCAAACCCUGGUGGUCCUGUGCUUUUCCUAAAGACCUUACAUAACCUUACCAUCCUCCAAAUGGACUCAAAUGGCCUGGAUGAGCUUCCAGUGGAUGCCUUUCGGGGUUUAACCAACCUUAGAGAGCUCAGUCUUAGUGGGAAUAUCCUUGACAAACUAUACAAGCCUGUAUUUGAUGAUCUGAUAUCUUUACGUGUCCUUCAGAUGCAGAAGAACACGGUGACAUCGGUGCCUAAACAGGUCUUUCAGCCUGCAUUUGCUAACCUAAGCUAUCUGAACAUGGAACGCAACCCCUUUGAUUGCACUUGUGAGAGCAUCCUGUGGUUUGUUGAGUACCUGAACUCCACCAACGCCAGCGUCCUGGGCCUCCAGGGAGACUAUAUCUGCAACACACCAUCUGCUUACUACAACCGUUCCAUCAUGAAUUUUGAAAUUCAAUCCUGCAAGGAUAUGACACCUUUCCAGGCACUCUAUGUUCUGAACAGCACUGCUGUUCUGGCUUUGCUGUUCUCUGCCUUCCUGGUACGUUUUCAGGGCUGGCGCAUCCAGUUUUACUGGAGUAUCCUGGUCAACCGCACCUUGGGCUUUAAGGACGAGGCUGUGGAGGAAGGAAGAUAUGAAUAUGAUGGCUACAUUAUCCAUGCGGCACAAGACAGUGGUUGGGUCGACUAUCAGCUGCUCCCUUUGGAGAAAGAAAAUUUUAAAUUCUUUCUGGAGGAUCGAGAUGCUGAACCAGGUUGCUCACAGCUAGAAGCCAUUGUGAACAACAUGAGAAAGUCCAGGAAAAUAAUAUUUGUUGUCACAGAGGAACUUCUGAAGGAUUCCUGGGUUCGACAUUUCAAGGCGCACCACGCGGUGCACCAGCGGAUAGAGGACAGCCGCGACUCCGUGGUGCUGGUGCUGCUGCAGGAGGUGCGUGACCACCAGCUGCAGGCCCUGCUGCUGCGCCGCUCCAUGCUGAAGCCCCGCUGCGUGCUGGACUGGCCCCAGCAGAGGGAGCGUAUCCCUGCCUUCCGCCAGAAGCUACGGCUGGCGCUAGCCUCCAGCAAUCGGGCGUCCAGCUCCAAGUGGCUCCACUGACGCGUCACAGCACAGCACAGCAAGCGGGGUGCUCGGAGUGGGCCUGCGUGUAAUGGAUAACUAGAUCUCAGUUGGUGAGGAGGCUGUGUGUGUGAGAUCCAGAGGUAUCAUUAAUGUUGGAUUUAUGUUCUGGGGGCUUGCGUUGUUAUUCAUUUUACAAUUUAUUUGAGAGGGAUAGCACUGCAGAUAUAUGUGACUUAAUUGCCAUGUGUAUUCUCUUGGCAGAAGGGACAGCAAUGCAUGUUUUAUUUUUGUUUGGCCUUUAUUCAUGUACUGUAGGGCAGUGGGGAGUGACUGGAAGCGAAUAGGAGAGAAAGAUAGGGUGGGAUGGGGAACGGAUAGGGUGGGAUCAGGUCAGAUUUAAACUCAGCUCCCUGUGGGCACCUGGUUCCGAAUGUGGCACAGACACUGCUGCCACUUGCGCCAGAGCUCUGCCAGCAAUGCAUGAACUGCACAUCAAAGUAGUUUAAAUGGAGAGCAAUGCAUGAACUGCACAUCAAAAUAGUUUAAAUGGAGAGCAAUGGCAUUGAGUUAUGGUACAUUUUAUUAAUCUCCUAAACUUGAUUGCAAAUAGAUAAUGCUGUGCACUCUCAGUAGUAGGGGCUAGAUGGUACAUGGACGGGGAGUGUAAUGAAGUGGCCAUUUUGACAUUAAAUAGGCAGGCACAGGUGUAACUAAUGACAUUGUGGUUCCAGUUAAAGUAUACUACACUGAAAUUAAAGCUGUCAAGCCUGAAUAUAUGGUGGAGAUCUUUAGAUUACAUCACUUUUUUUUGACGGAUUCUGUGUAGAACCUUUUUCUAACUUCAUAGCUGCUUUCUGUGCAGCGUUUUGUAUGUGGGACAAUUGCCAUAUUCUGCUUUAAAAAUCAGUCUAGGGAAGUAACACUCUGAGGCUGAUAAUAAUGAACUAAAACAGGUACAUUUGACAUCUAUUUAAUCCAGUCAUUACUUGAAUGUGUCUGUCUUUAUGCUGUACUAUUGUCAUCUCUUACUUGCAUAUUUUGGUAUUCUGUCAAGGUAUGAGCUAUGUGUGAACUUGGUAACUGUAAUACACAUAACAAAGAAAAUUGCUUGUGUUUCUUUUUAUGCCAGCAUUCAAGCAAUUUCUGCACUUUAUUAAUAUUCUUGCACUUGCUAUGUAUUUUAUUUGUCUUUUUGUGGAAGCAAACUUCCCAAUUCUCAGCCCUGAAUCAAGAGGUUGGCAGUAAUUACCUGAGAUGUAAAUAAUUAUUGUGAUUUUACAUUUUACUUCAAAAAUAUUCUCCAUUUCUGCUACUGCUUUGGGUGUAUGUGGUGCACAGUGCCAUCGUGUGGAUAAAUGUAAUAACAGUUUUUAGUUGUUUCAUCCUUACUUUGUAAAAACUUGAAGAUAGACAUGUUUGUAUGUUGAUAUAAGUAAAUCUAUAAAAUGUUAGCUUAAAUAUUUGAA